UGGAACUUGCUUCCAUGAAACCCCGUCUCAAGCCCAUAUUGCAGCUCAACUGCGACUACUUAGCCAAGAUCAAAUCUGCUAGAUCAAAAGCUACAGGCAAAUGUAUUCCGUGCAAAGUUUCUACAGUCUCUUCUGUUGCAACUACAGACAGAACCAUCUGUGAAACAUGUCUUCAGCUGGCAAGGAUGUCCGGCGGUGCUUUGUGUUCCUUUCACGUGAUCUGGGCUCCAUCGUGAACGCUGCUCGUUUCUGCCUCAGUCUUCGACAAGAAACAUUAUUUUUAAAAGGUAGCUACUCAAGUGUUCCUGGUAUACAAAGGACGUGCUUUUGUCAAUAUCGUCGUCGCGAGGAGUCAUUGCUCUACGUGGCGGGCACGACGAAUCCACGACGUAAAACGCGAAUUUUUGAACGGAAGCGGUUUUUUUUAUUUUGAUCUGUGUUUCGUGUUGCGUAGGCAAGGUCUGGAAGUCGGACGGGUGUCUGGUUACGGUGACUCUCUCUACUUGUUUCAUAUUUCGUGACCGUGCUCUCUGCGGUCCAAAAAUUAUCUUGCAAACAGUUCCACCUCAUUAUUACGGACUGCAACGUUGUUUUUGUCUUUGUAUUUCCGUGUUCGGAUGCUAAGUCUUGGUGGGGCGACAAACGGGCCAAACAGUUUCCGAGCGGUCGUUUGCUAUUAGUGCUGUACGUUUGUCUCUCAUAGCCUGUUGUUUACCGUCUACUCUCCGCUUAUUUCGCUACUCUGCAUCUCCUUGUCGGCGUGAUGGCUUUUGAAUCCACGCUGCAUCCACCGACUCUUUCUAUACACCUGAUUCCCGGUCAAACCUGAUACGAUGAACAAAUUCUUGAUUCAUACUCUUUGUAUUCAUAUCCAUUCUGUCGUGCUACGUGAAAUGCUCAUUUGUUGUCGUUACAAGGGUGUGCUUGCCAAGCUAAAAUUCGCCUGCGUCUUUGUAUCUUUGCCUUCCUGGUCUUCGGGUUAUAGCUGCCACUGUUGCUUGGUUAAGUCGUUCCCACCUUUCACCUUUCUUCAAUCCACCAACGCACGUUUCUCUCCCUUCACUUCUUGGCCUGUCCCACUGUGACUUCCUCUACCCGCAACAAUGGCACGUACAGCAGCGGCAACAGAUAAAGGAGUGUCAGCAGUUGAUCCAUGCCAAGGGUCGCAGGCAGCUUGCCUACCACCAGUUCAGCCGCUUCAUUCAGGUCUUUGUGGCCUCUCUGAAGCCCCCCCCCGCGCGGUUUGUUUGUCACGUCAUUCUUUGUCGGUAGAGAGAGAUGCGUUAUCCUUAACGGAACUGCGCCUUCCACCGCUCUUGCCCCUGCCGAAAACACAGGUGUUGCUCACUUCUGAUCCGGCGACUCCUUUGUCCUCUGAUUUUCCGGAGGCAGAGUUUGCAUCAGUGAAUCCGUCUUCUGCCUGCUCCCCAAACACUCCUCCGGGUCAAAACUCAUCGAGCUUUUCCCCCAUGGCUUGCUUCUUCCGGCAACAGGCAACAAUUCACCCUACUCCUUUCUACUUGUAUGAUGAAACGCGCAUUCGAGAGAACUGCCGGCGCCUUCUCGCCGCUUUUUCGUGGGCGUCUGAGCCCUUUUCAACUUCUUCUCAGUCUGCUUUGGAGAAUGCGCCUCGCUCUCCCCGCGAAUCCUUGGAGAACCGGCUUGGCGUGUGUUCGUCCUACUCUGCAGCUGCUGGCUUCACUAACUACUUCGCCGUCAAGGCAACGCCGACACCGGCAAUUCUCGAGAUUCUCAGAGAAGAGGGCCUUGGUGCGGACUGCAGUAGCUUGGCUGAGCUUUUGCUCGCCGAGGCUGCGGGGUUCCGAGGAGAACGUAUUUUCUUCACUUCGAACGAAACGCCUCUCGAAGAAUUUUUGAAAGCGCGAGACCUAGGUGCAAUCAUCAACCUCGACGAUGCAUCACAUCUGGACUUCCUCCAUGAGAAAUUUGGAGGCGCCUUACCGUCUAUUUUGUGCUUUCGUUUCAACCCUUCCGCAGAAUCACGCCAGUCAACUUCUCAAAGCAAUCCAGUGAUUAUGGGUCAUCCGAAGGAGUCGAAAUUUGGAAUGACGAAGACACAGCUCUUUCACUGUCUCUCUCGGGCACGCAGCUGGGGUGUUCGUCGCUUUGCUUUGCACACCAUGAUUCUGUCGAACUGCCUCUCUGUGGAUGAAGUUGUGGAAACGGCUCGCCUUAUCCUUACCGUCGCAGCGGAGAUCAACGAAAGACUAGGCAUCACGAUUGAGAUGAUAAACCUAGGAGGGGGAUUAGGGGUGCCCUACCAUCCUGAAGAGAAGGAUCUUAACCUUCACGAGGUCUCUGCACGCAUUCGGACCUGGUACAAGUGCACGCUCGCUCUCAAAGGUCUGGCUGGCACUCGACUGGUGACCGAAAACGGAAGAUUUAUUACAGCUGACGCGGGCGUCUUGGUUACUCGAGUCAUCCAUCAUAAAAAGACAUACAAACGAUUCAUCGGUGUUGAUGCGUGCAUGGCUCACCUAAUGCGACCAGGCAUGUACGGCGCCUAUCACCACAUCUCUGUCGUCCCCGACAGAGACCAUGAUGAUCCGAGGCUGCCUUCGAGAAGAAAUCUGUUUUUGUCACCUGAAGAUGGUGAAGAGGCAGACGACGUCAGCGACGACGAGAUCUACGAUGUUGUGGGUGGCCUUUGUGAGAACAACGACAAAUUCGCUAUCGAUCGUCCCCUUCCUCGCGUAGAUAUAGGCGACAUUCUUCUCAUCCACGACGUAGGCGCACAUGGGCACUCCAUGUGCUUCAACUACAACGGCCGACUUAGGUGUGCUGAGUACCUCAGGCGCCUCAACGGUGAAGUUGUGAUGAUUCGCCGCGCUGAGACACUGAAGGACCUUUUCGCGACAAUUCAAGAACCCUCCUUACCUUGCGGUUUAGCCCUGCUGGUUACUACCCGCCGCUACGAGGUUUCGACCUCUGCUGUUUCCUUGCCGCUUCUUCCUCACUGCUUUUUUUGGCGUCUCGCCUCCUCACUUAGCCCCCCGUGGUGGUCCUUCCAGUGGGCAACACAGAUGUCUUCGUCCACUCUGCUUCUAUGGAGCAGGUCAUGCUUUCUGACAUCUCUUGGUGCCGCCGUCGUGCUUGCCACGUUGAGCUGUCUUUUCUCGUGGAAAAUCCCACGGUGGCGUUAGACGGAAAAGCCUGCCGCCUUUUCGUCUUUGUCUAUGCUGUAUUGGGUUUUCCUCGGAUUAAACAGUUGUGUCCCCGGCUGGUUCCUUGCCUUUGUUUCGCGCGUCUGCACCGGCGCUGUUUCAGUCACUCUCUUUUCGAAGGUUGUAGCUGUGUCUGGUCGUUCAGUUCUUCCACCGGUUUUACACGCGUAUCACAGACUCUCUUCUGUCCUGGAGCAUAGGGACACCUCCACACUUUGUACUGAUACGUUCAGGAGCAGACUGUUAUAUCCGGCGAUCUAGGCUGUUCACAAUGUUAUGGGUGAAGUCGAAUACACAGACACUUCAUAGUUUUUACGAUCCUGGGUGUGACUCCAGUUAUGAGAUUGACUAUGGCAUGGCUGGAACCAUCUGGUUCAGGUCGUUUUCUGUUCUAUCGAAUCACGUUUUCGCGGCAGACGACGACAAUGAAGCGAGAAAUUUAAGACAGUUGAUUGUUGAACAAGUUUCUCCACGCGUAAGCAUUGUAUUCUUUCCUCGACGUCUAAAGGAAUACGCACAGAGCACUUGAAAUGGACAACCGCUUGACAGUUGCCAAGAAAAGAAAGUUCGCGAGAGUUUCAAGGCAAUUACGUGGGGAAUUCUCCGUUCGAAAGCAAAGGAGCGGAGCUGUGAAGACGGAGGGUGCACGCAUAAAUGUGGACCGGCGGCGGCCACCCGCUUUAUGCCAAAUGCAUACACCAAAGAAACGUGCCAGGUGUAGCGCAACAACGGCAGCCGUCGGCGCCUAAAAAUGAAUGUGCUUGUCUUUAAUUUCAUAAUAGAACAAUGGUCAAGCAUCUCUUCCCACACAACAGCGUCUUCCCUAAGCCACUGAAUGAGCACUGCAUUCUCUCUUUCGAGCAAGCACCACAACAGGUGUUAACAAUAUUGCAUCUCCAUACAGCGGCAGUUAAGUAUCGUCGAAGCGGAAGAACUUCUGCCGUCGGUACGAGACGCUGCACGCGGUGACGCCACCUUAUUCACCUGCGUGUGUGUGAAUUCAUACAUCCCUGUUUCUGGGAAGCGUAGAAACUCAUCCACGAUAACUAAAAGGACAAGCGUUCCACGUACAAGGCCGGGUCCUCGUACAUGUGGAAUGUUCCUAAAAUGCUGCGAAGCCCCUUUUCAGCGGCGUCCAACAUAUGAUGUAGAAACGCAGUCCGACUGCGAAUACCUGAUGCAUGCAUACGAAUUGAUGUGUUCAUUCCCUGUGUGUCUUCGGAGUCAUCAUAUAUAGAUGCUAUACAUAUACGAAUAUGAUAAUCUGAAGAGGCCUGAAGAAGCAUCAGAGAGCAUUAUCAUGGUGAGUUGCCUUCCGCAACGAAAUCUUCAACAAGAUCAUCCGUUAGCUAUCUGGCAAUCUCAAGCCGUGUUUCUAGCAUGCGUCUAUCUCAUACACGACUACGAUCCGACAAACGGGGUCAGAAAAAAGAGUGACAUGGUCGAACGAAAGCUGCCCAGAGAAAUUCGCCGACAAAUGCCAAACCAAGCGCCGAACGAGAAUCGAAAAAAACGGUGUGGACAAAGCAGGAAGAAAAACGAAAGGAGAGAAUAGAGAGCACAAGAGUACGCAUCCGCGGAAAAGCCACAGAGUCUGCUCCUACCUCUACCACACACAAAGGUGUGCAUUUUGAUAUACAUGUAAGCGCAGAUACAUGCGUCCAUACACGCGUGAAGAUAACUUCACGUACAAGUAAGCCCCCCGACACGGGCACCACAAACAACAGCGGAACGAGAACGCUUCUCGGAGAGAACUUUCGUCGUUGCUCUAGCGAGGAAGAGCCCGUUGGUAUUUCAGCGCUUGUCGCGUUUCUAACAAAGUUUCCAAAUAGCUGAAUCUUUCACCCCAAAGGCCGCACCUAGUCUUCCCUUCCAAGUCGAACACCAUCUACGCCACUGGGUCGCUUGAUCCUGCGGUCGCGCCAGCUUGCCUGCAUUGACACAAGUUUUUUUUCCUAAUAGCCAGUGGACCUGAUUUCAAAAUCACCUUCAGGCGCCUUUGUUUCUUAAUUAUCGUCAUCGUUCCCUUUCCUUGCUCACCCACACACGGCGCCACCAUGGAAGGCUCGUGGAGAGUUCUUUCGAGGAAUUCAUCACCCGCGUCUUCUUCCUUUUCAUUGACCCCCGUGCUUUCACUCAUCUCAAUUUGGUUCCCACGGCGCCGAUGCUUCUCCCUCAUUGUCCUCGUGUCACACCUUUCUCCGUCGCUGGCGUCCAUCAAAAAACUUAAGAGGGUUCUUUUCGCUCCUGCAUGGCCACCGAAAGUCCUCUUACGAGGCUCUCACCAAGGAACAGGCGACUUUGGGGGUGUGUCUGCCUCGUGGUAGGUCGUCUCUGCUUCUGAUUCAGUCUUUUCUCCAUUUUCUUCCCUCAAAGGCACUUUCCGGGGCCGACCCCGUCCUCUCUUUGGAACCGUAGGAUUCCAUACACCUGGAACCUCUGCUGCAGUCGGUUCCUCCCCCUGUGGUAUCUCAUCCACUUUCACUUUUCGAGGCCGACCCCGUCCUCUCUUUGGAACCGUAGGAUUCCAUACACCU